GAGGGAAAAGCUCCACUGCGUGUAGUCGUCUUCCUCACGCGCGCGGCGCACCCAGAUCCAGGCGCCCAUCGCCGCGGCAGCAUCCGCCAUGGCUCCCACGGCGCCCUCGGCGGCGAAGUCCGCCUCCCCGUCCCAGCCCUCCGGGAAGAGCGAGGUGGCGGAUCUGAAGCAGCAGCUGCGGCAGCUGGCGGGGAGCCGAGCGCCCGACGCCGACGACCAGCGCCGGGACGUCUUCAAGCGGGUGAUCUCCUGCAUGACGGCCGGCAUCGACGUGUCGGCGGCGUUCGGGGAGAUGGUGCUCUGCUCCGCCACCUCCGACGCCGUGCUCAAGAAGAUGUGUUACCUCUACGUCGGCGUCCACGCGCGCAACCACCCGGACCUCGCACUCCUCACCAUCAACUUCCUCCAGCGCGACUGCCGCGACCAGGACCCCACCAUACGCGGCCUGGCACUCCGCAGCCUCUGCUCCCUCCGCGUUCCCAACCUGGUCGAGUACCUUGUCACGCCGCUCGCCACUGGGCUCAAGGAUCCCAGUGCUUAUGUCCGAAUGAUCGCUGCCGUUGGUGCCGCAAAGCUGUAUCACAUAUCUGCUACCGCCUGCCUUGAUGCUGACUUGCCUGCGGCCCUCAAAACGCUUAUGCUCUCUGAUCCUGAUGCACAGGUAGUUGCCAAUUGCAUGCAUGCAUUGCAGGAGAUCUGGACCCUAGAAGCAGCUAAGUCAGAGGAAGCUGCAAGGGAGAUUGAGACACUAUAUAGUAAACCAGUAGUAUUUUACCUUCUUAACAGGAUCAAAGAGUUCAGUGAGUGGGCACAGUGCCUUGUUCUAGAGUUAGUGUCAAAUUUCCUACCAUCUGAUAACAAUGAAAUUUUUGACAUCAUGAACCUUCUUGAGGACAGACUUCAGCAUGCAAAUGGAGCUGUUGUUUUGGCAACAAUCAAAGUUUUUCUUCAUUUGACAAUGUCAAUGACUGAUGUUCACCAGCAGGUUUAUGAGCGUAUAAAAGCACCACUGCUUACUCUUGUAGGAGCUGGGAGUCCUGAACAAUCAUACUCUGUGCUAUGCCAUCUGCAUCUUUUGGUGAUGCGUGCUCCAAUUCUAUUUUCCUCUGACUACAAAAGUUUCUACUGCCAGUUUAGUGAUCCUUCAUAUGUCAAGAAACUUAAACUUGAGAUGCUGACUGCUAUAGCAAAUGAGAGCAACACUUAUGAAAUUGUAACUGAGUUGUGUGAAUAUGCUGGAAAUGUUGAUGUACCUAUCGCACGAGAGUCUAUCCGAGCAGUUGGGAAAAUAGCUCUGCAGCAGUAUGAUGUGAAUGCUAUUGUUGACAGGCUUCUACAGUUCCUUGAAAUGGACAAGGAUUAUGUGACUGCUGAAACUCUUGUUUUGGUGAAAGAUCUUCUGAGGAAAUAUCCUCAAUGGAGCCAUGAUUGUAUAGCAGUUGUUGGAAACAUCAGUAGCAAAAAUAUCCAGGAGCCCAAAGGGAAAGCAGCUCUUAUAUGGAUGUUGGGAGAAUAUUCGCAAGACAUGCAUGAUGCUCCAUACAUCCUUGAGAGUCUUGUUGAAAAUUGGGAGGAAGAGCACUCUCCUGAGGUUCGCUUGCAUCUCUUGACUGCGGUGAUGAAAUGUUUCUUUAAGAGACCACCAGAGACACAAAUGGCACUAGGAGCUACAUUAGCUGCUGGUCUAUCUGACACUCACCAGGAUGUUCACGACCGGGCACUUUUCUACUAUAGGCUUUUGCAGUAUGAUCCUGCUGUAGCUGAACGUGUUGUAAACCCUCCCAAGCAAGCUGUGUCUGUAUUUGCAGAUACGCAGAGUGGUGAAAUCAAAGAUAGGAUAUUUGAUGAAUUCAACAGCCUGUCAGUGGUAUACCAGAAGCCAUCUUACAUGUUUACUGACAAGGAGCAUCGUGGACCAUUUGAGUACUCAGAGGACCUUACAAAUUUGACUGUUGGGGCAGAAACUACAGAAAACACCAUCUCAGCCCAAAGAUAUCAAGAAAAUGAUAAUGAUCUUUUGUUAAGUACUUCGGAUAAAGAGGACAACGCAACAGCUACCAGCAAUGGUUCUUCUGCCUCUACUUACAAUGCUCCUUCAGACUUGAGUGGUCCUUCAUUGCUAAGUUCACAAACACCAUCUGAAACUUCACUAAGAAAUCCUGGUGGACCUACAUAUUCGUCACAAUCCAACUUCAGUCUUGAUGACCUUCUCGGGCUUGGUGUUCCAGAAUCCCCUGCUCCUCCACCAGCUCCAGCAUUGACCCUCAACUCUAAACCUGUGCUGGAUCCUGGUACUUUCCAGAAGAAAUGGGGCCAGUUGGCCUUAUCCUUGUCUCAGGAAUGUACAUUAAGUCCACAAGGAGCAGCAUCAUUGAUGAAUCCUCAAUUACUCAUUCGUCAUAUGCAAAGCAACUACAUUCAGUGUAUUGCUUCAGGUGGCCAGCCCCCAAACUACAAGUUCUUUUUCUAUGCUCAGAAAGAUGGGGCUACGGCGUUCUUCCUUGUAGAAUGUAUCGUUAACACAGCAUCGGCGAAGGCACAGAUCAAAAUUAAAGCAGAUGACGGGACUGCUGCAGAGGCAUUUUCAACGUUGUUUCAAUCAGCUUUGUCCAAAUUUGGUCUUUCUUGA